AUGUCUUCAGAUUGCAAAAGCCGCCGCCGGGAGAACAAGGGCUCUGAAGAAGUAGACCGGAUCUCGAACUUACCCGACGAGGUCAUCCACGAGAUCCUCGCUCUCCUCAACUCCCCCCAGGAAGCUGCAAAAUCCAGCAUACUGUCUUCAACAUGGUUUCGGCUCUGGCGAUCAUACCCAAUCCUCGAAUUCCACGAUACCCACUUCAAAUCGACGCAAUCGGUGAAGGGAUUCGUCUCCACCGCCAGGGAGAAGUUCAGUCGCAGAAGCGACGGCACCCUAAUUCCGAUGAAAGCCGUCAGAAUCAAGUUCAAUGUUCAAAAGAAGUGGCCCUUAGAAAUCUGCUCUGCUUUCCUCGAUGACAUGUUGGAGUUGGUUGCAAACAGAUCUCAUCCACCGCAAGAGAUUGACAUUGCAGCCGAAUUCCAUAAGAACAUUGGCAGAACCCUCAAUUUCAACGUGUGAUUGGGAAGAAGUCCAAGAGAAGUUGCCUAUCCCGAGAAUUGAACAUGUGAAACUCACGAAUAAUUUUUGUAAAUUGCGUGGCAACGGUGCUUUUUUUGACGGCUUAUUCCAGAAUUUUCAUCCAAACUAUUUAAGUAUUGACCUAGUGGGUCUAUCCUCGACAUUUAAUAAAGGC